AUGAACUGUUCAACAUGGAAUUAUCUUUUCAAAAAUACUGGAUUUCUCACUGCUUUGUGUUCACACAUUGUUGCCAGUGUGUUGUCCAUUGUCAUUUCUACAUUUGUGAUUGUGAAAUGCGGACAUUUGACUUUUCAUGUCAACUGUAAGAUUUUGAUAUUGGCUAUGCUGCUGUUAUACAUUGUGCACUCUAUCACUACAAUCGGAUUGCAGGCUUAUCAAUUUGCAAACUAUGUGACUUUGCAAAAUCCAUGUGAAUUUCUGCUCUCGGGAGAAGCAUGCUUUAUUAAUCGGUUUCUGGCAAACUUUUGCACUAUCUGCUUUGCUAAUUUGCAGUUUGCUAUAGUAGCUGAGAGAUACGUGGCGUUGUGGAAGCGCAGCAUUUAUGAGACAUAUGGUAAAAAGUUGGGAAUAAUCUUCGCAUUCAUCUCGGUCCUAGCUGGAUUAGCUAUCGUCUCUUGGACUAUUCGUAUAGAAGAGAUUCCUGCAAUGCCUUAUUGUACCACAUCUUCGCCACGAAGCCUGGAAAGAAUAACAACACUAUGUUAUCUGCUUUGCACUACAAACGUAAUUACCUUAAUUGGAGUAGCAACUCUUUUCACUGGGAAUCACAUCGCUAUCAAAAGCAAGCGUUUCGAUUUGAGUUCUUCCUACCAACUGGCAGAAAACUACUCCGUGAUCAGACUUCUUUUGCCGCUUUCUGUAUUCCAGAAUAUAAGUUACGCUUUCUUAACCGUGGUUUCUGCAGUGCUUGCCCUUCUGGUAAACAAGUUCGAUUACGUGACUUUCCGAAUUCUGUAUCUCCUCGUCUAUGUUAUUCCUUUCCAUAACAUGAUAUCACCCAUUAUGAUUUGGUAUAUGAUAUCAAAUUCACAACGUUUGAAAUCCUCCCACUUGAAACAAAUUGUUAGGCGAAACGGCAAAGUGGAUGACAUAUAUUUCGGUGCAUAUUCAAAAAUGUGGUGA